UGCGAUGUGGCCCGAACCUUCCCGCAGGAUCUGACAGCGGAACCGGACCUGUAAGUCCAGUUUGACUUGUGAAGACACGAUGACAACUCACUUCAAGAGCGGACCCGCUUUCGGACUGUCUGCAGAAGUCAAGAGUAAGCUGGCCCAGAAGUAUGACCCUCAAAAGGAGGAGGAGCUAAGAAUGUGGAUCCAUGAGGUCACAAGCCGCAAACUUCCAGACAACUUCAUGGAGGGAUUGAAAAAUGGAGUUAUCCUGUGCGAGCUCAUUAACACCCUUCAGCCCGGCUCCGUGAGAAAGAUCAGUAACUCCCCUCAAAACUGGCAUCAGCUGGAAAAUAUUGGUAAUUUUGUACGAGCCAUUCAAGAGUAUGGACUGAAGCCACAUGAUAUAUUCGAGGCCAAUGACCUGUUUGAGAACGUCAAUCACACUCAGGUGCAAUGCACUCUUAUCACCCUGGCCGGGAUGGCUAAAUCUAAAGGUUUUCACUCUAAAUAUGAUAUUGGAGUAAAAUACGCAGAGAAACAGCAGCGUAGAUUUGCUCCCGAGAAGCUGAGGGAGGGACGCAACGUCAUUGGACUGCAGAUGGGAACCAAUAAGUUUGCCAGUCAGAAAGGCAUGACAUCAUACGGCACACGGCGUCAUCUUUAUGACCCUAAAACAGCAAUGGAAAAUCCUCUGGACCAAUCGACAAUCAGCCUGCAGAUGGGCACUAACAAAGGAGCCAAUCAGUCUGGCAUGACGGCCCCAGGCACCAAGCGCCAGAUCUUCGAUAAGAAGCUGGAUAUGGAGAUGUGCGAUACCUCUACUGUCUCUCUGCAGAUGGGCACCAACAAGGCGGCGUCCCAGACCGGCAUGACUUCCUACGGUCUGCCCCGCCAAGUGUACGACAGCAAGUAUUGCUCCACCCCUAAUGACUACAUCAACAACGGCCAGGACUCAGAGAUGGAUGGAUAUCAGUAUUCCGACUAAGAGGAAAAGACAGCUCCCAGCACACAGCUUUUUUUAAAAUCACCUGCGCUAUUUCUGAUAUUCCAAAUUCAUUUUGACCAAGUAGGACCAGCUUGAUCUCUGUUUAAUGACACCACGGCCUCCGGUCAGUGCUGAGUACUUCAGUGACCGAUGCUUCACGGGGGAAAAUGGGAGGAUUUUUUUAAGCACUGGCUUUUCCAGCUUUUCACUUGUGUAGUUUUUUUUGGGUGUGCCAUUCUCCUUCAAGUGCAUGGUCCAGAUUUUAUGAAAGAACGCAGAUGAAAAGUAUGGAGGUUUUAUUUACAACACCUCAUAAUGUUAUAGAAUGGAAGUGGAUUUGGUCGCAUCCCCAGCUGUUGUGGUCUAUGUAUUCAUAAAACUCUUUUGAUUGGAUUAAAGGAGAGGAAGUCCACAGGCAUCGUUGCGAACGUUCGAUCAAAUCAACAGAUCCCUAAAGGAUGAGUUUAUCACCAGCCAACAGAGAAAUUGAACUAAAGAAAAACAAGACAUAUUUAUCAGAACAGAUAAAAAAACGUUGACAGAUCUUUGUUAUUCAGUUUUAAUUAAAUAGAAUUUAAAUAGAAUGAGAUUAUAGUUAACAUGACCUACAAUGCAUCGUUACAGUUCUGAGGAUGUUUCUUUGAUGGUUGAACCCGUUCUUUCUAUACAGGUCGCAUAUCUGCAAAAACAAUCCUGAUAUCCAGAUAUGGGUGAACUCUGCUAGGGAACAAAUAAGAAUAUAGGGAUUUCCCCCGGUAUCUGUGAAGUGUUUGGAUCCGAAAACAUAUCUUACUGGAAAAUCACAUUGGAGUUUUUGAUUUAUCAUACGUUCAUGUAGAUUUCAGCCAACGUGAAGGUGGGCUGACUCUCUUAAAUUGAAAUUAAAGAGUGCUUCAUUUCAUGCAUUGCUUAAAAUAAAUGUUGUGAAGAAAACCAUUUAAGCAUUAGGAUGAACAUUAUGGUUUUCUAAUGCUAUUGCUAGGCAGGUUCUGACGAAUCUAAAGUGUAUUAAGACAUGUUAACUAAACCUGACCGAGUUCAAUUUCAGUGGCAAUGCAACUACCUAUGGAUAUACAUUCGAAUGAAUAAAAUGAUUAAAUAAACAGACCUUUAGCCUGCCAAAAUUCACUCUUCAGUUUUUUUUAAAGACUUAGAACUGCACUGUUGCUUUGAUAAGAGGGUCACGGUUUAGAAGCCUAGUAGUAACUGUAUUGACAUGACAGCAUCAAUGUGCCUCACAGGAGGCGAGUUCAUUUCAUGACUACAACAUAUGGAUAGAUUACCCUAGUGUUUUUUAAUUCCUCAUUUUCAAGAUCUGAAAGGACAUUCAGAAAUUUUUUGAUCAUGGAAACAGAACAUAAAACGUUGAUGCUUUAAAAUGUGUUAUUUAUGAAGCUUACCAACAAUGGCUGAGCAAAACCUAAUAAAUCACAGUAAUUUUCAAAUUACUUGUGUUUAUCUUUCCAUUAACAUCAUUAAAACGUUUCUGUUCCGUUUUCCCAGUGUGUGCAAAUAUAUCCUGAAAAAUGACCAGACCAAAAUAUCAUCAUAGAAACGAACAGAAAACAGAUUUUCACAAGUAAGAAUAUGCAAAUGAUUUAUUGACACUAAGUGGUCUUAUAAAAACCAAAAUCAUAGAUAAUGAACUGAAAUAAUGAACUGAAAUGAAAACAUCCAUUGCUUUUCUGUAACGCUAAACAAAAUGAAAACUACAUUCAUAUGGGCAGCUAAAUUAUUCACUUAAAUUAUGUCUAAACCUCCAGCCAUGGUUUUAUUAGGUCUUAAAGAUAAAAUACAAGACAGUGAUUUAUAAAGUACUAAAAAAUCCUUAAGUGUUUUUGGUCAUCAAAACUA